AUGAAGAGGUCCCAGAGAAGUUCCCACCCAAGCAGACCCGGUAGAUUCCACACAUACAGGAACAUUCUUCGCCGUGCGUUCGUUGGGCAGCUGGAGGCAGGCUUUCACCCCUCCAGGGCCCAGCGCAGGCCGAGGCGCCCUGUUUCCCGCCAGGUCCCGGUCAGUCAACCAACAGAGCACCUGCAGAACCCUGAUACAUCCUCUGCUCUUCCAUACUUGACUCCUUUACCCUUUGGCGUUUCUGGAACCCCUCUGGCCAACACACCUCAACCUCCCAUAGCGGAGGACCAACCGGCCUCCUCCUAUCCCGAUCCCAACUUGUUCAGUCUCGACACCACUCUCCAGCUUCCGGCCUCUGCUGGAUAUAAUGCCAACGGCUUUGCGCUUGGAAGUUCAGCAAACAUGGAUCCUAACAAUACACAUGGCUAUAGCCACCAGCCAUCUCAUCCUACCUGGAGUGCCUCCGACGUCCACGUUGGAACAACCGAUACGUUGACCUAUACCAAUACUCUACCUAUUGAAGCCGGGACAACCCAAGACUGCCAUGGCAUGAGCGACUUUUCUUUACAGACCCACUACCCUCAGAAUACGUUGAACCAAGGAACCUUGGGCCAGCAGCCUCAGCCCCCUCAUGACCUGCCGCCUUCGUCCUUCAGAAUCAGGGGACCGAACCGACUCUGGAUAGAUGUCCCAGUUCUUUUCAUGCUCAACAUCCGGCCUAGCUUCCUCAUGCCAGGCGCUGCCGAAGAUUCCGGCUGGAACGUUUUUGAGCCUUUGCCUCCCGGAACCCAUUUCCAGGCCUGGACCCAAGAUGGACCCAUACUCCCCAAGGAGUCGGUCAGAGUUGACAUCGAGGAGAGCAUCUUUCUCUCCCAAGUGAACGUCGACAUUCCCGUCUACCCGUUCCCGCAGCCUUUAUGGACGAGUGCCAGACUGAUUGUGGGCCGGAACCUGUACCGAAGGCUGUUUGGGCGGCGAGCAAACGCCUCUACCUCUACCGUUGAAGCGCCCAGACAUCGGCGCUGA